AUGGAUAAAUUGAUACAAUUAGAAAAGAUUUUGAAUCGUUAUGUGGACUUGGGUGAUGGAAAAAGAAAUGACGUGCGAGUUCGAACGACUGAAAAAUACCGAAAUGUUUACUCAGAACAGCAAAGGUUGGAACUGGAAAAAGAAUAUCGUACAUCGACAUUUAUUAAUGCUAUAAGAAAAUCUGAACUUUCAACGCAAUUACAUCUUACCGAACGACAAGUCAAAAUUUGGUUCCAAAACAGGUUGAAACGAAGAGAAAUAUAG